AUGACUUUGCAGCGACUUGUUACGGUGCUGUUGCUAAAUGCAUCAUAUAGUUGCCUAGUGAAGGCCUACGAAGGCUACGGCACAGUCUACUCGCUUAGCUCGCCUUUCGAUGGCAACUGCAACUUUAUGAGCUGGCCUAAAGAUGCCGUCACCAAAUACGCCGCUCUAAACGCUGAACAAUGGGAUGAAACAAUGAACUGCGGCCGAUGUGCCAAAGUCUCGUGCACCGAUGCGUCGUGCACCGGCCAGUCGGAGAUCGUGUACAUCAUGGACCAAUGUCCGGGCUGCGCAUACGGUGACUUGGAUCUGUCUUCAGACGUAUUCGAGGGCAUCACAGGCCAGUCAUAUACGAAGCUGAGUAUCGAGUGGAUGUUUGUGGACUGUCCGAUCACAAACAACGUACAAUUCUGUUUGAAGACCGGCAGCAGCGAGUCUUGGGUGGCGGUGCAGCCGGCCAAUUUCGUAUCGGGUCGUGGACUUAACCUCCGUAAAAAUUUCGGUGAGAGGCGUGAACGGCGAGGUACUGAAGGAGACGUUGUCAUUGACCGCCGAUAA